AUGUUGGAUAUGAUAGGGAUGGCGAAAAAGGCAUCGGAGAAAGGUCAGGCAGGCCAGGCCUUGAUUUUCUAUCAGAUCUGCGCUGGGCUGGGAGGAACAAUCACCGGAGGACGUCCCUCCGAUCCGACCAACACCAUCACCAACAACCAACGGCUCCCCAAUCUUGACCUGUCAUCCAUUGUCAACGAUUCCAACACACUCCCCCCCCAAAGACCAUCACAAGCCCACAACAAAGCCUGUUCCGAUAUCCUGGCCGGGAGGAUACCAGGUCAUAUCCUCCCCCAACUUGAUUCCUUGACUCAGCCGUAUAACAAAAAAAGCCUCCUUCCUUCGUCUUCGAAUCGGAUCGACCGUCAAGAUCCUCAACCGACCCUCACACAGAGAUGCUCCUUCUUUGACCUCCUGACCCAUUCGCGGAAAUGGCUCCCCUCGGGAGAAGCUUGGGGACAAAGAUUCUCUCGCCGGUUGGCCUUGUCUACUUGGUGGUGGUACCGUGUUCUGGUAGUCGACUCAUUGGGAUUAAAGGCCAGGGACUUCCCCCUUUCCUCUCCUCAUCUGCUCGUCUCCAACUUCGUAGUCUUCCCCAGUAUCCAACUAGUCCAAAUAACUUUUGCCAGUCGCGUUCUACCUGUAGCCCUAUCAUGA